AUGGCUUCCCGCCGGGGAUCAUCCAAUUCCAACCAGACUCCACCAGGGACUUCAAAGAGCGGCGAACAGAAGCAUCGAGCUAGUCGAGCCUGCCUGGCCCUUCGCACGCUUGAGAAACUCUCCUUGAGUGGUAGCAGCGCGGCACCCACGUCCUCGUCAAGAUCUUCCAGAGCCACCACCACCACCGCCGCCCCAGCCAGACACGAAUCUGAGCAAUGGGAGAACCGGGGCCAAGAGGAUGGCAUAGCAGAAUCAGGGUCUCAGGAUGUCAGAGGAAGAGACCCUGAGGCCCCAAGAGGGUUUGUAGCACCACCUCUAUCUGCCAUUGGAGACAGAGUUGAAGCUCAAGGUUCGGCGACGAGCGGAACGAAUAUGGUAGGUCAGGCAUCCAAAGAGAUUGGCACAAUGAUGAUGGAGAGUGUCUCUGAUGACCAUGGCCGACCCCCGUCACCAAACUCAACCUCACGGCCAUCUGGGGUCGGUCCAACGUCAACCUCAUGCGACGUGAUUACUGGCACUGAAGGAAAUCGGUCGGCCAGUCCGCAAAGGCUGACGCAGCAGCUCCUCAAUGUCCUAGGUAGGCAAUUUCCCGUGGUGAAAGACCGGGACGAUGCACGCAUUGGCACUGGCUAUCCUGGUAUCCAGGACCCUUUGUUGUCCAUAGCCAGGAUCGCUGAACGCGACUGGGACCUCAAUGCGGGCGGGUGUCAGAGUCAAACCCACGAAUCUAUAGGACGGUCACUCAUUGGGGCACUGCCUGCGCUUGGUCUGCCGCCAGAGGAUGCACGGCUUCUGGAGAAGUGGUCCCCAGACGCGCUGCAAGGUAUCUUGAAGGAGCAACGCCUAUAUUUCGAGCACGGCAUUCAUGCCUCCAAGCACGAUGUAGCUGCCGUUCUCGACCCUGUCCAGCAAGGGUUCAUCGGCGAAGAGAGAGCUCAUGAGUUGUUUAAGGCAUAUUGGGAAAUGGUUCACCCGCAGUGGGCCAUCCUCGAUCCUGCCCUACACACCCUCGCCUUCGUUAGGAGCCGAUCCGCCAUGCUCACGACUACAAUACUGGCUUUGGGCUCGACAGCCCUCGCUACUCUGCCCCAAGGGACCGAUGCAGAAGUCGACGAGGCCCUUCGCCUUCACGGCCACGUCGAAAAACUUAACUUGGUUGUCUAUACCACGGGGGCGAGAUCAAUUGAGAUAAUACAAGCCCAAAUCCUGUUGUCUCGAUGGGGCGUCUCUCCUCGAACUCGAUUUCUGGAACAGCGAUGGAUACGGGCUGCCAUGAUACCCAGAAUGGCUUCAGAAAUCGGACUCAACCUUUCACGUCGGUAUAACAAUAGCAGUGGAGUCGACAGAGACAAGGCAGAGAUGUUUCAGUGGAAUGACAUCAGGACCAGAGCGUUUAUGAUAAUCAACAAGCAAAGAUUUUUCACAUGGUCUGGACGUGAGCCCAUGGAUCUGUCCCACUUUGAGCUCAACGAGGCUGAGAUGGAAGAAGUCACCUCUCUGAGCCCUUAUCACUCCGCAGCGUCUCUUGCUGCGUUAUACAAUCUUUACCUGUUUGAACGAGGCGUCCAUCGACGACUCGAACGAAUCGCCACAGGCGUGGAAGCCCAGAUCGCACUGGAUGUGGAGCUCCUCUAUAUCGAGAACUACACGGAGAGGUGGAUCCAUGACUGGUGUCCUCGCGCUGGAGACCGCCAUCUCAAUUGGCAGCUCUCUCACAAUGCUCUCAGCUGCAGAAUCCUCCUUUCAGCUCGGAUUGGAAAGAAACGACCCAAAUCGUCCGACGCUUCCCGCCAGCAGCAACGCCAGCUGUUGACAUUGUCAAUCAAAAUGUUCGAAGAAGCCCUCCAGGCGCCUGAGGCAAUGCAUAUGACGCACCGUUCAGGCAUCUUUCCUUUCGUCGCAAGCAUUAUUCUGCGCAUGAGCCAUCGACACGAUCUGGUCUUGCGGCUCGCCCUGCGUAUUAGUGGGGAGCCUGGGAAGCCGUACGUGCCCACGUUUAUUCGUGAUGCGGGAAAUCAGAUGCUUGCGAUGCUGUGUACAAAUCGUCUGCGAAUGCAACCCCAGAUAGCUGCCGCCGCCUCCUCAGCUUAUAUUGAUGUUGCAACUGCCACACAUGUUUCAGCGCAUACUGGCAGUGGUAACAGAAAGGACUUGCUGGAUGUGGCAGAAUCAGAGCAACAACAACAACAACAACACCUGCAGUAUUCUACGCAGUGUCACCGGGGAGACAACUCCGCUUACCACAUUCAAGGUCAAGCAACGCCACAAGCACCGCCAGGAAUCAACUGGGAUCCUUCUGUGUUGGACUCGCUUGCUGAUAUUGGUUCACCAUUCAGAUCGCAGACUGACCCGGGAAAUUUGUUCACUUUUGACGGUGCCGCUUUCGACUUCCCCUAUGUUCCAGAUCCGACUCAACCAAGGUAUCCCCAAGGUCCAAUGCAUGGUACUUACUCGUCGGCAGACUUUGGUGGAUCUAUGCUGGGUACGCAUGUUGCUGGCAUGGAUCUUGAUGCUGCCUCCGUGCCGAACCCCUUGCGGAAUACCUUGACACAUGAUGACUAUCUGUCCCUGGAGAAUCACUUUGCCUUUCUACCGGAUGUGAUGACAGAUGCAAGUCCAGACAGCCUCUACCAACAGACACCUGCCGUGGCUCAGGGUUCUACUCCUCCGAACCUCACGGACACUCUGUCUUCUUCCAUACAUCCAGCUUCCAUCACCGCCAAUGGGGUCACCACCGUCAUGGGUGACAUUGGCGGUGACGGUGGUGGCAAAGAGCGCAAUGUGCAGCAACGAAAGCUCUUGGUCGCAACAAUUGACCAACUGGCACAGCUGGCCACUUCGAUGCAGUGA